AUGAACAGGUUUCUGGUAGCGUCGCUAUUAGCGAGCGCGGUUAAUGCGCAGUACAACCUCACCUAUCUACAUUUGAUGUGGGAGAUGGAGCCAACCCUUACAUUGAUGGGUUCCGACGAAACAGCCACCACGUACGAAAAGAUCUGCCCCGAAACUGCGACUACGACUCCAGCACCUUCGUCGACCGAUGUGGCAUGGUACUAUGCCUACGAGCGGUCUUCGUUAUCUGCGUCAUACUCAAGCGCCCUUGCCGCGUUCUGGUCUUUCUAUGAGACUGCUCUACCUGUUGAGACUCCGACUAUAGAACCAAAAGGUUGUACUCCAUUCACUAUGUUACAAGGUCCCGAGACAUGGGAGUUCCACCUGACCGCUUCUGGUGUGCAGACUAGAAACGGUGCUUGUACAUGGACUGGUGUGUUCAGCGAGGUUCCAAUCACCUGCGAUGCUGACGCUAUCGGCGAGGGUUACACUCUUCCUAGUGGUAAUCCGACUAUCUUUUCGCAAUCGGAAUUGAGGGCAUGGACGUCGCUGAGAUAUGCUGUUGCUACGAUUGUGGAGGCUACACCGGCACUCACACCCACACCCACACCCACACCCACACCAGCAAACACGGAAGACAUGAGUGGGGCUGGAGAAUCGGCGAAAGAGACUUCAGUGAGUGAGGGAAGGGCGUCAGGUGCAUCGAUGCCUACUGGCGCGAUGCUGAUGGUCGGCGGAGCGGCAGCUAUUGGUGGAGCGGCUUGG